AAAGAAAAAGCGAAUAAACCAAGUAUCGGGUAUCCAGCAUCUAAGUCAAAUUCCCCAGAAAAAUAAAAAGUGCAAAACAAUCAUAUGUCGGGUUCUGGUGCAACUUGAUCCUUGCAAGCUCAUCAUCAUCGGAUUUACCCAAUUCUCUCAAAUUUUCCAAACAUAUCGACGCCCUUCUUUCUUUCUCUCAUCUCCAGGUGGACAGGAGAUAUUAGCUUUUAGCUUAUGAGGGUUGAGGUAGAAGAGCCCAGAAAGCUUUGUUGAAUAAAAGCUUUUGAUUGGGGAAACCGGAUAUGUAUCGUCCAAUGCCCACAGAACCCACUAGAGGUGGUUCACCCACUGAUACUGGAGACUCUGUCGUGACUUUGGAUCAAGUUCCUCGAUGGAGUGACGCUGAGGUUCGCUGGUCUUUGGAACCUGAUAGUGAAGACUCGAUUUUUCCUAGUUCGCAUUUCCCUGACCCUCUUACAUCAGCUUCCACUUCAGAGAAUGGAAGUAAUGGGAUGGUAUCUAGAUUUCCUGUUGACCAUGAAAUUAACUCCAAGGUUUAUCUCUGGAGGGGAAAUCCUUGGAAUAUUGAAGUGGAUGCUGUUGUUAACUCCACCAAUGAGAAUAUGGAUGAAGCACAUAGCAGUCCUGGUCUACAUGCAGUUGCUGGUCCUGGUCUGGCUGAAGAAUGUGCUACACUGGGUGGAUGUAGAACUGGGAUGGCAAAGAUGACGAGUGCUUAUGACCUUCCGGCUAGGAAGGUAAUCCAUACUGUUGGCCCCAAGUAUGCAGUCAAAUAUCACACAGCAGCAGAGAAUGCCCUCAGUCACUGCUACCGCUCGUGCCUUGAGCUACUUAUAGAAAAUGGACUUCGAAGCAUAGCAAUGGGCUGUAUCUACACAGAGCCAAAAAAUUAUCCACGUGAACCUGCAGCACAUGUGGCCAUACGGACUGUAAGGCGAUUUCUUGAGAAGCAGAAAGAUAAAAUUACAGCCAUUGUGUUUUGCACUACCACAUCAAUGGAUACGGAGAUAUAUAAAAGAUUACUUCCGCUUUACUUUCCUCGUGAUAAGCACGAAGAAGAGAUUGCUAUAUCUAAGCUUCCUGCUGAUGUUGGUGAUGAGAAUGGUGAAACAGUCAUAGAUGAACGUAAAAUCAGAAUAAUGCCACUUCCGAAUGUUAGAAGGAUAGAGCCAAAACCUUCUCAAGCCUCAACUGACCUUCCUCUCAGUGAGGUUGGAUCGGUUAGAAGGGAUUCUUCCUAUUUGGACACAUAUCUGGAUCCUGCAUUUAUGUCGCUAAUUAAAGAUCCAGAUCAGAGACGCAAGGAGCAGUGGGAAAAGGCUGCUCAAGCUCAAAGUGGAUGGAAUUUUGCGAAAGUGCUUGGAUUUGGUGAUAUUGGUGGUCCUCCACUAUCUGCUGCUGAAGAAUUUUCUCUCCAUUCAAGAUAUGUCGCUAAAGCAAAUUCUUCUAAUCUUUCUGAGAUUGCAGAAAUGAAAAUUGUAUAUCGUGGUGGGGUAGACAGUGAAGGACGGCCAGUUAUGGUAGUGGUUGGAGCUCAUUUCUUGUUGCGGUGCCUUGAUCUGGAGCGCUUUAUAUUGUAUGUCGUAAAGGAGUUCGAGCCUAUAAGUCAGAAGCCGUAUAGUAUUGUCUACUUCCAUUCUGCUGCUUCUUUACAGCCUCAACCUAACUUAGGGUGGAUGAGAAGAUUACAGCAAAUACUUGGUCGCAAGCACCAACGUAAUCUACAUGCAAUAUAUAUUUUACAUCCAACAUUCGGACUGAAAUCAGCCAUUUUUGCCCUUCAACUUUGCGUGGAUAAUGUGGUUUGGAAGAAAGUGGUGUAUGUUGAUCGGCUACUACAGUUGUUCAGAUAUGUUCCCCGUGAACAGUUAACCAUCCCUGACUUCGUAUUCCAGCACGAUCUAGAAGUGAACGGGGGUAAAGGUCUAAUUGUAGAUCCUAGAACGAAGUACGUGUAUCAAAGACCAUAGGCUGGACGUUGGUGGCAUCUGCGGUCAGAAAUUUAUUCUUUACUUCCUUUUUCUUUUUUGUGAACCAGAAUUGGUUUGUAAUCUGUCUUUGAUCAUCAAUCUUGUAUACUAAUUCUACAUAUUUUCUCCCUUGAUAUUCUUUUUGUUCUAUGUUUAUGUAUAGCAGUCGAGAAAUUGAUUGUUGUGAAGUGAUCAAUUUAUGAUUUAUUAUAAUAAAUUGCCUUCUUUUUUCCCAUGUAUACAUUAAA